GAAGUAGGCUAUACAAGUUCUCCUCGCUCUUCACGCGCAUCAGUCAGUCCGCUGUGUUCGGCGUGAGCGCGCGGUGCCUCUUCUCUGACAGCACGCGCGCACUAAUCUCCAAUGACUUUGGAUUAAGACCGUGCGAAGGCGUUUGACUUUUGGUCUUUUGGGAGUGACUGCUUACACACCUCAUCGUUCAGGCAGCUUUGACAAAUCGUCAUGCCCACUGUGAAUGACAUUUCGCUUGGAGACACAGAUCCCUGAGGAAAUUAAUUGCCCUGUAUGUUGGUGAAUGUGAUAUGUGUUUCACGUGUUUGCGCGCUACAGUGAGGUAGUUUGACUGACGCGCGUUCCGGAGGACCGUUAAAUGCCCGGGAUCUGGCUUUGGGUGAUCUAUACCGUGGAUGCGGCGGAAAGAAAGACCGUUCUGUGAUAACCGGGAGCGGGGGACAAUAUGAAGUCUCUCAGAAAGUGGAAUUCCGCUCGGACCAUUUGGAUUAUUUACCCAGAGAUGAUUCUCUUUCCAGUUCUUUGGUUUUUAUCUCAAACUCGGGCUGCCCCUUCAAUAACAGCAGAGCAGAUGGAUAUGGGGGUGGACUGGCUGAGUAAGUUUGGGUAUCUUCCACCCUCUGAUCCUGUAAAUGGACAGCUACAAACUAAAGAGGCUCUGACGAAGGCCAUCAAAGCCAUGCAGAGGUUCGGAGGCCUGGAGGAAACAGGAGUGUUAGACCAAGCAACCCUGGGCUUAAUGAAGACCCCUCGCUGCUCGUUGCCAGAUAUGUCAGAACCGGAUCUGUCAGCAGGCAGACGAAAGCGAGCUCUGGCUCCUCAGAAUAAGUGGAACAAGAGGCAUCUUUCCUGGAGGGUGAGGACGUUUCCGAAGGAGUCGACUUCGCUGGGACGAGACACUGUGCGGGCUCUCAUGUAUUAUGCCCUGAAAGUAUGGAGUGACAUCGCGCCUCUCAACUUUCAUGAGGUGGCGGGGAAUGAGGCCGACAUUCAGAUUGACUUCACCAAAGCAGACCAUAAUGACGGAUACCCCUUUGAUGGGCCCGGCGGCACAGUGGCACAUGCCUUCUUUCCUGGAGAGAGAUUCACUGCUGGAGACACACACUUUGAUGAUGAUGAAGCCUGGACAUUCAGAGCACCAGAUUCUCAUGGGAUGGACCUGUUUGCAGUGGCGGUGCAUGAGUUUGGCCAUGCCAUUGGGCUCGCACACACCUCUGCCAUUGAGUCCAUCAUGCGCCCUUAUUACCAGGGUCCAGUGGGUGACCCACUCAAGUACAACCUCGCAUACGAAGACAAGGUCCGCGUCUGGCAGCUGUACGGUGUUCGGGACUCUGUAUCACACACACUCAAGCCAGAUGACCCUUCACAAACAGCCGAGCCACCCGUCCUGCUCGACCUCCCCGAAAACAGAUCCACAAUUCCACCUGCCCGUGACGCCCCAGAUCGAUGCACAAGCCAUUUUGAUGCUGUAGCCCAAAUUCGAGGAGAAGCCUUCUUUUUUAAAGGGAAGUAUUUCUGGCGUCUGACACGUGAGAAGCACCUGGUGUCAUUACGGCCUGCGCAGAUCCAUCGCUUCUGGAGGGGUCUACCUGCCAACCUGGACAGUGUGGAUGCUGUAUACGAGAGGCCCGGAGACCACAAGAUCGUGUUCUUUAAAGGAGGCAAGUAUUGGGUGUUCAAGGAUAAUAAUGUAGAAGAAGGCUACCCCCGCUCUGUCAGUGACUUCGGCCUGCCGGUGGAAGGAGUGGAUGCAGUGUUUGUUUGGCAGCACAAUGAGAAGACCUACUUCUUCAAGGACAACCGAUACUGGCGCUACGAUGACCAUCUGCGGCGCAUGGACCUCGGAUACCCAAAAGACAUGGCAUUGUGGAAAGGGAUCCCGGCUCAACUGGAUGAUGCCAUGAGGUGGUCUGACAGUGCGUCAUAUUUCUUCAAGGGAAAGGAGUACUGGCGUGUGGCGGGCAGCGAUAUGGAGGUUGAAGUGGGUUAUCCGCGUCCCAUCGGCAAGGAUUGGCUGGUGUGCACAGAAAUGCAGUCGGACUCCCCAGAGAUGCAGAACAACUCAAACACAAGACUUCAUGGCCAGCAUCACGCGGACCAUGCGGAAAAUGGCUAUGAGGUUUGUUCUUGCACUUCAGACUCUGCCUCCCCGCUUGGGACGCGACUGACCCUGUCGCCCGCAUGGGUGUUUGCGCCACUCUUGACGCUUGCUCUCGCUCUUUCCUCUGCACCGCUCUGAUAAGGGCAGAGCCACAGGCCUGUGCUCAAACAAACUCCAGUAGCCUGUGGGUGAAGAGAGAGCCAUGAGAGCUCUGGAAAAGCCUUUCGCCAGCGCUGGACUGAUGGAAGAGCCUCAGCACUUCAAUCAAGAGAGGGAUUGGAUCACUUUUUAGUUUUCGGUUGAUGCUUUUUGUUGUCUUUAUUUUGAAAAGUGGAAAUUAUAUUAAUAUUAUUAUUAUUAUUAGUGGUGGUGGUGCUUGCUGUUGCGAUAUGAACAAACACAAUCAUAACCCCAAGCAUUAAAGUUCGGCACAUAAUUUAUCUCACACCAUUUGUGCUACUACAGAGCCCCUAAGGGGACAUUGGGAUGGAAAAAGAUGAAAUGCGGAGAAAUAAUCUAUUGCGUUCCAUUACAAACGUUUGCAUUGCCCCGAAAACCUUUGGGUUUAUUCACAAAAACUUAGUAAUCGUAGUAAGCAGCAGAAAGAAGGAUGUUUCAUGGAUGAAAGCAAUAGACUUUCAAGCAAACAAAAAAUGUUUUCUUAGUACACAAAAAAAAAAGUUUCUCAGGGGAGCGCAAUACUUUGACAGGAGGAACGGGUUUUUCUUGAGGCAAUGGUUUUGGUGAACAGCAGUUCAUAUCAGGACAAACCCACAGUACUUUUGACAGAACACAAAGGUUUAAAGUAAAUGUUUUGUGAAUGAACCAUGUUUAAUUAGAGAAUAAUUCUUUAGUUUUAUUAAUAAACACAAUGGUUUUGUGAAAGAACGCAACAGGUUUGCAAGAGAUCCCAAUACUUUGUAAGUGAAAACAAAACAUUUGCUAGAAAAAUCAAACGUUUUCCAAAGAAAAAGUUUCAUGGAUGAACAAAAAAGUUUGUAAGAAUGUAAAAUUAUGCAUAAGGAGAUAUUGAUGAAAAUACUGUUCAUUUUUAUCAUUGGGAUUGUCCAUAUUUUCCCAAAUUUGGGUUUUAACAACCCAGCAUUUUAGUGUACUUUUGUAAGAACUAAUGUUUUUUUCUUAAGAAAACAUCAAAAAUAAACUUUAAGAACCUAGUAACUUUGUAAAAAGAUAUUUUAAUAACAAUUUAAAACCAUGAACCAUUUUGUGAAAGAAAUUUCCAUCUCAUUUUGUCCUCUUAGGCGCACUAUACAGCAGGAAAAAUAAGUAUUGAACACGUCAUUUUUUUCUGGGAAUAAUAUUUCUAAAGGAGCUGUUGACAUAGAAUUGAACCAGAUUUUGGUAAAAACCCAAACAAUACAAAC